AAAAUGCAAUCUCCGGUCAGUUCUCCUGAACUAAUGGAUCCCCGAUACAACCAUUUACGGAUUCCAGCUUCAUCAAGUCGAAUCCUAUACGAUGUUCCUUGCAAGGUAUGUCGUGAUCACAGUUCCGGUAAACACUACGGCAUUUACGCAUGUGACGGAUGCGCCGGAUUCUUCAAGAGAUCUAUCCGCCGAAGUCGUCAGUACGUUUGUAAAUCAAAAUCCGAGAUUCCGUGCAUCGUCGAUAAGACCCACCGGAAUCAAUGUCGAGCCUGUCGACUAAAAAAGUGUUUCGAAGUUGGUAUGAACAAAGACGCCGUCCAGCAUGAACGUGGACCUCGGAGCUCGACUCUGCGAAAACAAAUGGCACUUUUCAUUGCGAAGGAUACUCCCAUGCGUCACGAUAUGAUGUGCCCCCCACCGCAUCCAUUGUCACACACGUCGAUGGGGUUGGAUCUAACAAUCCCUAGAAACGCUUAUUUGAGCCCGCAAUCCAUGGUUCACCCGACGUUGUUUCCUGCAAUGCAAUCGCCGCAUCCAUUAAUCGCUGCGGAUGCCAUUAGAGAAUCAGCCGCACAGCUUCUCUUCAUGAAUGUCAACUUUCUUAAAAAUUUAGUUCCCUUCACUAAACUUCCACUGGACGAUCAACUUGUGCUUUUUGAAGAAUCUUGGCGAGAGUUUUUCAUUUUGGCUGUAGCCCAAUACCUGCUGCCAAUCAACUUCAACAAUUUACUAGUGGCCUACGAAUACCUGAACAACAACAGAGGAGAACCCGUUUCUGAGUGCAUAAUACGAGAGAUCGAAAUCUUCCAGGAAAUAUUGGCACAGAUUGUUGCGUUGCGAGUGGACAGUAACGAAUUCGUGUAUCUACGUGCGAUUGCCCUGUACAAAACCGAGUUCGACCCGGAAAGUAGCAUCUCCAGCAGCAGCAGUGACGGAUCGGAUAUUAUAUCGUCGACAUCCAAAACAAUCCAGGAGGUGGCUACCGUUCGUGCUCUAGAAGACGGUGCCAAGGAAGCUCUUUCCACCUACAUUAGAACCUGCCGACCGGUUCCACUUGAUCGCUACCGGAUACUGAUGCAAUUUUUGCCCGUGCUAAGAAACGUUUCUACUCACACCAUCGAGGAACUUUUCUUUCGACGGAAUAUCGGACCCGCUCCUUUGCUCAAAUUGCUGCUAGAUUUCUAUCGCCAAAAGUAG